UCUGCUCAACCGCAUUGUGAUCUGACUCGUGGGCGUGGCUCAAGUUCACAGCUCACAGGUUUCGCAUCUCGGGUCAUUUGUUUUCUUCCGUUUCGAGGGACAAAAAUGGCAACUGCAACUCUUAACGGCUUACUGCGCCUACUUGUGACUGCAAUCAUUGCAAUAGGCUGUUUUGUGACUGUUUUCCUCAUGUAUUUUAAACCGUCAGGUAACUGGCUUGCAAAGCCAUUUGAAUCAUCAACACGACCAAUUCAGAAGGAAGAAGAAGAAAAUAAGGCUCAUAAUAAGACUAUAGUUUUAUUAUGGAUGUGGCCUUUUGGUCAGUCCUAUGAUCUAGACACUUGCAGGACCCUGUUCAAUAUUGAAGGCUGUUUUUUAACAGCUGACCGAGACCUAUACAAUAAGUCAAGUGGAGUCAUCAUUCACCAUCGAGACAUAAAAAGUGAUUUAUCAAAUCUACCACCAUUGCAGCGCCCACCAUUCCAAAAGUGGGUGUGGAUGAAUCUAGAGUCCCCGUCACAUACUUCUAAAAACCCAGGUCUUGGAAAUAUUUUCAAUUUGACUUUGAAUUAUAGGCAAGACGCAGAUAUUGAAGUGCCUUAUGGGUCAGUUGUAUUCAGCCAAAAGGAGGGGGAAGCUUUCGUAUUGCCAAUUAAAACUAAAUUGGUCUGCUGGAUUGUGAGUAACUGGAACCCUGACCAUGCCAGAGCGAGGUACUUCAACGAAUUGCACAAACACAUCAAGAUACACACCUAUGGAAAAGCCUUUGGAGAAUACGUCAAUGAUCAAGACUUCCUGGACACAAUAUCCAGUUGUAAAUUCUAUCUUUCGUUUGAGAACUCGAUUCACAAAGAUUACAUCACUGAAAAGCUGUACAACCCACUAGCUGCUGGAUCUGUGCCAAUUGCUCUUGGGCCACCUAGGCAGAACUAUGAGAACUUUGUGCCUGGAGAUGCCUUCAUACAUGUGGAUGAUUUCCUCUCUCCCAAAGAACUGGCUAACCAACUCACACUGUUACAUACAAAUGAACAAAUGUAUCUGCGGUAUUUUGAGUGGCGCAGACAUUUCAAUGUCAAGAGGUCACAUUUCUGGGCUGAACACACAUGUCAUGCAUGCGAUUACAUUAAAAGACACAAUGAAUAUAAAGUUUGUAAUAACCUUGACACUUGGUUUUGGGGUUGACGGCUCAUUUGCUUCUGCAAUGUUGUGGUUCGAUGUUAUGGUAUCUCACGAAACGUAUACAAAAGCUGAAGAACAUACGCACAUCCAGGUACUUUCUGCAGGUGUGGAAGUUGUAGGCCAACUCAUGGAAAACAGAAAGGAAAACAGAAAGGAAAACGCUGUGCACUGUUGCUCAUGCUCCUAGGUGAUUUUAUAACGUUUUGACCUGAGGGUCUUCAUCAGUCAGGAUUCCUUUCUGUAUCUCAUGAAACAUAGCCUGGUCUCGUGUGUGUGAUAACCAGGACACAUCCUUUUGGAAUGUGUUAAGCAGGGGCUGUGCACAGACAUUUGAGGGGCAGCUGCUCAAAAUGACCCCCCCCCCACAUGCCCCAUUCAACCAGUUAGCAAGUCGUACGUUUCAGAGUUUCCUAGUUUCCCGAAUAUCACAUGAACGCGGUGGUUAGCUAAAAUCGACUACCUCUGUUGCUGCUGCUGACACACAUGUGCAACUCCCAACUAAAGAAAGGAUGAAGUUGGGUCGUAAGAUGCUUGCCGAGGUAGCCAGGCUCCUUGCUCCGGCCAAACGCUACGCCACUCCCACGGACAUUAGUUUCUUCUCCGCGUUGAGUCUGGAUCUGAGUACUUCCCCACCGAUUUCUAGAACGCAAACACAUUCUAACUGUUCUGAUUGGUCCCAGAAACUGAUUGGUUGGGCCAGAACAUUUAGAUGCAGCAUUUAGAAAAUUCGUUAUUGGCUUUGUUACUCUGAUUGAUUAGAAAUGAUCCAAUCGCUGAUGACUUUGUUUUGAACAACACCCCUCAUCACCACAAACGACUUCAAUAGAGAGCAAUAGUAAUGGUGUCUUUUUGUAGGCACUUACUCCGCCAUGGUUCAUUGGACAAAGCCUAUGGGAAAAUAAGGUCUGUGUUAAACACACACAAAUCAGAGUCACAAAAAUCUACUUUGAAACAAAAGUAUAAACCUCCCACACAUGGUUAUGGGCUUUAAAAAAAAGCAGGCACCUACCAUGUCAGAUAUAGAGUUGAAAUAUAUUAUAUUUCGAGUUUGCAUCCCAAUAUUAUACUUUAUAUACAUGACAGAACUGAAAUAUAACAAAAACCGUUUGACAUAGAAACACUGGAUUUGCUGAGUAAAAAAAAAAAGUUUACUAAUAAUGAAAAAUAUAUAUAACAUUCCACCCAUGAGGACAUUGCGGGGCGAUUUGGUCAAUUGACUGCAGGAAAGGGAUUUAAUCAUAUGUAAUUUUUUAAAGGACAUAAAGGCUUCGUAAUUCAUAAAGAUCAUAUUAACUGACUGAUAUUAUCUCAUAGAACAAAAUGUAUAAGAUCUUCAGAGUUCCAAGUUGUCUUGGAAGUAUGGAAGUCCAGAGAGGAAAUAUGAAUAAAACAUUUUUUUAAAUACCUCAGUUAACCCACUGUUCCCAGGCCGUCAUUGAAAAUAAGAAUGUGUUCUUAACUGACUUGCCUGGUUAAAUAAAGGUAAAAUAAAAAAUAAAAAAAUUAAUGUCAAGAUCAUGACUUAUUUAUCUCAUGAUCACUACACAACAAAAGUUUUGUUGCGAACACGACAUAACAAAAGUACCACACAUAAGCCAAUCAUUCGUUCAGAUGCACGAUAAACCACUCAUCAAGGAGCCCUGUGGCUGCAUUGAUCGCAAUGCGCUUGUGGGGUCCUGAACAUGCCUGACAGGCAGCACUGUCUUCCAGGCUGCGUUUCGCCCCCAAGACCACAGCCAAUCGCGUGCAAGGAAUGCAAGUUAACUUGGCUAGAAUUGUGAGCUAGCUGAUUAGCUAGGCAGUCUAGCGUGUUAUCUAUGCUGCAUAACUGAUGUGUAGAAUUAUAAGGGACACUUUUGUUUGACCUUUAUUUAACUAGGCCAGUCAGUUGAGAACAAAUGCUUAUUUACAAUGACGGCCUACCCCGACCAAACCCUAACGAAGCUGGGCCAGUUCUGCGCCGCCCUAUGGGACUCUCAAUCACAGCCGGUUGUGAUACAGCCUGGAUUCGAACAAGGGUGUCUGUAGUGAUGCCUCUAGCACUAAGAUGCCGUGCCUUAGAUCGGUGUGCCUCUCGGGGCCCCAAAAAUGUUUUGUGGAUAAUAUUUACAUUUGCAGUGGGUGAGCUCCAUUCCAGACAGGCUGAUCAGAUUCCAUUUCAUCCUCACAACUCAUAAUCAGGAUGCUGCCGUGUAAUGCUGUUUCAUAGUUAAUGCUCCUUGCAGGCAGAUUAGUUAUCAACUUUAUAGACUGAUGCAUAUAAUCCAGAGUGGGUAAACUCUAGUUUUAGCAGGAAGAUCAUACUCAAUAGCAGCCGCAGGCUGAUGAAUCAGGAUUCUUCUGCCUUGUGGGCUGCUUCAUUUGUAAGACUUUUUGUUAUGUAGUGAUCAUGAGAUAAUUAAAUUGUGAACUCCCAAAUAUGUUUUAUUUAUUCAUAUGUCCUCUCUGGGUGGUCGUAUGAAAUCACCAAUCGAGCAGCGGAAGAAUUCAGUUUAUUUAGUCUCUGCUGCUCAUCUGUCUUUCUGCCUCUCUCAGCUGCGCAUAUCAACCAAGACAGACCGAAUAUUGAUGAUGAUGUAAAUCAAGUGUUAAUCAAAUGAUAGCUGCAGCUGCUGUAGCAGCACUGUUGAUAUUAUAUUUUAAAUAGGUCGUUUAUUCCUACACACACUCACGCAUCUCAAGACAUGCGUGUUUGAAUACCGGGCGCGCGCAAUCUCGGUGGGCAGUCCGCGGAAUAGCCGCAAUCUAUCGUGUGCGAGCUGCAGAGUAGACCAACAUGCGCAACCAUAGACUAAAAAUGAGGGUGCAACCAACCGAUGGGGUGGGGGUGGCGAGUUUGACGACGUGACGUGGGUUCAGAACAACAACGAACAAAUAUAUUAUACCACCACCCAAAAAGGCACUUGCCGAGUGGAAGGUCAAAGGGUGCUCAGUCACAGGUAGAUCUCUAUCUGUUUUUCAGCAUCAUUUCCAUCCUUGUAAUCUCUUCUGUACACUUUUCGAAAAAAAAAAUCCAAAAGGGUUAUUCAGCUGUUCCUGUAGGAGAACCCUUUUUGGUUCCAGGUAGAACCCUUUGUGGAAAGGGAACCCAAAAGAGUUAUACCUGCAACCAAAAGGGUUCUAUCUGGAAUCAAAAAUAGUUCCUCAAAAGAUUCUCCUAUGGGGACAGCUGUAGAACCCUUUAAUUGUAGAUAGCUUUUUUUCAGUGGUGUAAAGUACUUAAUUAAAAAUACUUUAAAUUACUACGUGAGUAAUUUUUUAAUGCAUCUUUACUAUUUAUAUUUUUGACUCAUUUUACUUCACUACAUUCCUAAAGAAAAUGAUGUACUUUUUACUCCAUACAUUUUCCCUGACACCCACAAGUAAUUAUAACAUUUUGAAUGCUUAGCAGGACAGAACAUUGUCCAAAUCGCACACGUAACAAGAGAACAUCCCUACUGCUUCUGAUCUGGCGGACUCACGAAACACAUGCUUUGUUUGUAAAUUAUGUCUGAGAGUUGAAGUGUGACCCUGGCUAUCUUUGGAAUUUGUCAUUAUUUUUACUUUUGAUACUUAAGUACAUUUUAGCAACUACAUUUACUUUUGAUACUUAAGUAUAUUUAAAGCCAAAUACUAUUAGACUUUUACUCAGGUAGUAUUUUGCUGGAUGAUUUUCACUUUGACUUGAGUCAUUUUCUAUAAAUGUAUCUUUACUUUUACUCAAGUAGGAGAAUUGAGUACUUUUUCCACCAUGCAUUUUUUUUCUAAUAGUGUAGGCUACACCAUUGCAUAGAAGUAAUUCAUUUAGUCUUUCAAUAAGCCAAUUUGUUUCAUAGGCUGGUUUCCAGUGAGCAAUUUACAACAAUGGAUAAUCAAAUUUGUAGAAAGCUUUUGUAGAAAGCUUGCAUUUGCUGGACUUUCUGACGGGCCAGGUGGUGAAGUUAGGAAACAACAUCUCCACCCCGCUGUUCCUCAACAUUGGGGCCCCACAAGGGUGCGUUCUCAGCCCUCUCCUGUACUCCCUGUUCACCCACGACUGCGUGGCCAUUCACGCUUCCAACUCAAUCAUCAAGUUUGCAGACGACACUACAGUGGUAGGCCUGAUUUACCAACAACGAUGAGACCGCUUACAGGGAGGAGGUGAGGGCCCUCGUAGUGUGGUGUAAGGAAAACAACCUCUCACUCAAUGUCAACAAAACAAAUAAGAUGAUCGUGGACUUCAGGAAACAGCAGAGGGAGCACCCCCCCAUCCACAUUGACGGGACAGUAGUGGAGAAGGUGGAACGUUUUAUGUUCCUCGGCGUAAACAUCACAGACAAACUGAAAUGGUCCACCUUCAACCGCAAGGCUCUCCAGAGGGUCUGCACAAUGCAUCACCUGGGACAAACUACCUGCCCUCCAGGACACCUACAGCACCCAAUGUCACAGGAAGGCCAAAAAGAUCAUCAAAGACAACAACCACCCGAGCCACUGCAUUUUCACCCCGCUAUCAUCCAGAAGGCGAGGUCACUACAGGUGCAUCAAAGCUGGGACCGAGAGACUGAAAAACAGCUUGUAUCAAGGCCAUCAGACUGUUAAACAGCCAUCACUAACAUAGAGAGGCCGCUGCCAACAUACAGACUCAAAUCUCUGGGCACUUAAAUAAUGGACUUAAUAAAGGUAUCACUAGUCACUUUAAAUAACUACACUUUAAUAAUGUUUACAUAUCCUGUGUUACUCAUCUCAUAUGUGUAUACUUUAUUCCUAGUGGUAAGAGCGUUGGACUCGUAACCGGAAGGUUUCAAGUUCAAAUCCCAGAGCUGACAAGGUACAAAUCUGUCGUUCUGCCCCUGAACAGGCAGUUAACCCACUGUGUGUAUAUAAGGUAGUUGUGAAUUUGUUAGAUUACUUGUUAGAUAUUACUGCAUAGUCGGAGCUAGAAGCACAAGCAUUUCGCUACACUCGCAUUAACAUCUGCUAACCAUGUGUAUGUGACCAAUAAAAUUUGAUUUGAUUUCCCGCUCUCAAGCAGUUUUUAUGAAAUUAGGUUAUUUUGAUAAUAAAUGUGUGUGAAUCAGUGAAAUUCACAAACUAGAA